AUGGAGUUAGAGAAGCACAGACUGAGGCUACGGAGGUGUUGCCGGAAGCCUCUAUUUGAGGAAGGACAGGCAGACAACCAGCAGGGUCAAAUAGGAAGAGUGUCGUGGUGGGGAGCACAACCAACGCCUGGCUCCGAGCAGCCGCUGCCGAGGUCUCUGGCUUUUGUAGCUUCCACGUGUGCACAACCAUGGGGAAUAUCUGCAAACCUCUUCAAAGGCCUUUUUGGCAAAAAGGAAAUGCACAUUCUGAUGGUGGGCCUGGAUGCUGCAGGGAAGAUGGCCAUUCUGUACAAGCUGAAGCUCGGUGAGAUCGUGACCACCAUCCCCACCAUAGGUUUCAACGUGGAGACUGUUGGAUACAAGAACAUCAGCUUCACCAUGUGGGACAUGGGUGGCCAGGACAAGAUUCGGCCACUGUGGCGCCACUACUUCCAGAACACCCAAGGCUUGAUCUUUGUGGUGGAUAGCAAUGACAGAGAGCGAGUGAACGAGGCCCGGGAGGAGAUCAUGAGGAUGCUGGCUGAGGAUGAGCUGCGAGACGCAGUCCUCCUGGUGUUUGCCAACAAGCAGGACCUCCCAAAUGCCAUGAACGCAGCUGAAAUCACAGACAAGCUGGGGCUGCACUCCCUACGCCACAGGAACUGGUACAUUCAGGCCACCUGCGCCACCAGCGGGGACGGGCUCUAUGAAGGACUGGACUGGCUGUCCAAUCAGCUCCGGAACCAGAAGUGAAUGAGUAUCCCCCUUCCCCAGCUCCUCCUCUCCACCCUCCGCUUUCCUCUCAUGUGGCAAACGUGCGACUCUGUGGUGCUGAGUGCCAGAAGCUGUCUCCAUGGGUGGGUCACAGUGUGCAUCGCACCCUGCUGUCCCUGUGCAGACGCAGCCUGCAGCCAGGUUCUUAUUUAAUGUAAAUAGUUUCUGUUUCCACUGAGGCAGUUUCUGGUACUCCUAUGCAAUAUUACUCAGCUUUUUUUUAUUGUAAAAAAAAUCAACU